CCCCGCCGCAGCUUCCCAGUCCCCGGCGCGCGCAGUCUCGUCUCCAUGGCGACGCGGCGUCUACGGCUCCUCGCUCCCAACACCGAGCCGACCAGGAGCUGGGCUAGCUUUCUGUGUCAACCCUUCAAAGCUAGUCGGCGUGAGAGGGCCACAGGCGGGUAAGAAGCGCCGCAUCGACCACGGUCGCCCUCUCCCCAUCCCAGCGAGCAGCCUGACCCAGUCUUCACCUCGGACUCCCCCAAGCCCGGCGCCUGAGCCCGCAAACUUCUCUGCCUACUCCAGGUUCAGGCUCUGGCGCUCCAACGCAGCCGAGGCGGCGUGCGAGGAGGAAUCAUCUAGAUAAGACAGAAGCUGUAAAGGCACCAAGAUAAGGACAGAAUGACCGAUUGCUAGUGUUUGAUCCAAAGGGUGAAAUGAGCAAAAAUGUAGUCAUUACGGAGCAGGAGAAAAAUAAUGAAUGUUCCCCUGAGGAUACUGAUGAUAAGUUGUCUGAAUCAACAGAUGAUGAUGGUGAGGAUGAUACCAGUGAUGAAGAUAAUGAGGAAGACAGUAACCCUAAUAAGGAUACUCAUGCCCCAUUAGAGUUAAUGACAGAAUUCCUGAGAGCAGAAAUGGGCCAAGACUACCGUUUGGCAAAAAAAUUAUGUCAGAUGAUCCUAAUCUAUGAACCAGAAAAUCCGGAGGCCAAGGAGUUUUUCUCACUUAUUGAAGAAAUGCUGCUGAUGGAGAAAGCUCAAAAUCUGGAGGAAGAUGAUGAAGAGAGUGAAGAAGACAGUAGCGGUGAGAGUGAAGGGGAGAGCAGUGAGGAUCCAAGUGAAGAAAGCUCUGAUGAAUGUGAAAAUGGGUGAUGACAGUUGCUGCUAUAGUUUAAUCUUCAUGUAUGUUCAUUACUGUAUACUAUGGAAAUAUAAAGAAGAGAGCUGCA